AUGCCAGGUUUCCGCUUCCUAGAUCUUCCACCAGAGCUUCGGAUCAAAGUGUACCAAGAGUACAUUCUUAGCCUUAACGAGGAUCAACCACAACGUAUCUGGGAUGAUGUCGAUCGAAAAAGGCCCUCCCGGCGGUGGGCAGAGCAAAAAUCUUUCAAGCAGACCUGCGAGCCCUUCCAAUACAAAGCAAUCAAAGACUACAAGCGCAACAAGCUCGGAGGUCGCUGUCUCCUAGGCACAUGCCGCCAAAUCAAGACCGAAUUCGCCGAAGAAAUCCGCCGCCACACCUGGUCCCUCUUCAGCGGAUACCUAUGGCCAGACCUGUCACUAACGACAAUGCCUACAUGGCGCGCAGGCGUUUAUUACAACACGCAGUUCUGCGGCUUGUCGCACCCGCGCAACCUCAUGAUUUACUUAAGCUCUUGCCCAUUUCCUCGUCCUAUAUAUCAAUUUCUUGACUACAACAAACUUCCUGUCUCCGCAAGCCAUCUGGGGCCGCUAAAUACCAGCCUGAAGAAUGGGGUAGAGUCCCUGCUCAGACAGUAUUCGGGCACCGAGAACAUUUCCAUAGUACUCCGGGUCGAUGUGCCAAUAUCGAUGAUCCUCCAUGGAGACACAGUCGAGAGGCUCUUCCCAGUCACUAGUUUCUUCGGCCUCGACAUAGUGGACGACAGCCGGUGUCUCAGAAAGCUUACCAGGACGGUGAUUCUUGAGAAGGACGGUAUAACGUCCAAGCUCUGUGAACAUGUUUGUCGCUUCAAAGACGGAGCUAAAUUCGGGGAAUGCACUGAGUGGCGGCGGGACCCGCACUUUUGGUGCACUCUGGUCAAAAAUUACAAUAAAGACGUGUAUCUGGAUAUGUAUUAUGAUCCCUUCGAGCGCAGAUACCAUAAGAAAGAUGAGGAGCGUAAUAUCGACGUCAUGUAUGCUGAUUAUGAGGAGCGCAAAUUACGUCUUGCCGAAGCGAAAGCCAUGUCGUCGUGCCGUUUGGCACGACUGCCCGUGUCGCCGCAUGUUGCUUGUUUCUCAAUCGGCUUUGUUUCAAGCAGCAUGGGUAAUGCCGGUUCAGCUGAGUCUGCUCCUAAACCAGUCAGUUCAGACAGUAAAAAGCCUUGA